AUGGCCAAACGAUUGAUUCAGCAACUCUGGAUGCUCAAAGUGGAGUGGGACGACAGGCCUCCCUCAGAGAUAUGUUCUAAAUGGGAAAGAUACAAGUCGGAGCUCUCCGCGUUAGCCUCCAUUCGUAUACCUCGUACUAUCGCGGUCGUAAAUAACGUAGUCAGGCGAGAAAUCCACGGAUUUUAUGACGCGAACGAGCAGGGCUACGGAGCCAUUGUAUAUAUUAGACUCGUCACCGAGAAUGGGGUGAUAAUCCGCAUGCUCAUCGCUAAAUCAAAGGUGGCCCCACUCAAGGCCUUCACCUUACCGAGACUCGAACUUUUCGCGGCGGUCCUGCUGUCAGAUUUGUUGGAGUAUGUCGAGAAAAUUCUCCGACCUAAAGUUGCCGUCGACGACACAUACGCCUGGUCGGAUUCUGAGGUUACCCUCGCGUGGAUACGCUCGGCUCCGCACCGUUGGAAGACGUUCGUGCGUAAUCGUGUCGCACGCAUCCAGUCCAACACUAACAUUUCCUGCUGGAAACAUGUCGAUACCAAAUCUAACCCCGUUGAUUGCUGCUCAAGGGGCUUGUUCCCCCAGGAACUAGUCGACCACCCGCUGUGGUGGACCGGUCCUGCGUGGCUUGUCGAAUUCGAACCCACUCAAGAAACGACAUUGGAAGCUGAGGAUCUUCCCGAGGAGGAAGAAAAUUCUCGCGCCUUCGCGUCCACAAAUCCUGCUGAUGAGGUAGAUUCCAUUACCGUUGUCGAUUCGCUUCUCGAUCGCUUCUCGUCGUUAGAUAAACUCGUCAGAGUGUUCGCGUAUUGUCUCCGAUUCGUUGCCAAAAUUAGAUCAAACGCGCUCACUCUCGUCGUGGAUCAAAUCGAAUUUUACUCGACCUUGUUAUACCUCGUCAAAUUUGUACAAUCUCGUUGUUUCGCAGAGGAUAUCGGUAGCUUAAGACGCAAUCAAAGUUGCUCCAAACCUCUGCGAAAACUCGCCCCCUUCUUGGAUGCGGAGUCCUCAGGGUGGGCGGCAGGCUGA